CAGCUUUAAUCAGACGGCCAUCUUUCGUUUCCCUUGUCCUUGCUAAAAAUCCCGAACAGUAACGUAACGACGCUGGGUCCUUCACGUACUCCAAGAAUAAUAAUCCCCUUCUCCCUCCCUCUCUCUCUCUCUCCCCCCUCCCUCUCUUUACACUGUUCUUUGUUCCCACUCGCUACCCUCCGCUCUCACCUGAAGAGAAUCUCUCUCUCAGAAGGCAAAGAGAGAGUGAGUCAUGGAUCUCAAAGUCCCACCUUUUGCUGUCAUCUUGAUACCCCUUCUAUUAUCCCACAUCUGGACCGGCGGCGACGCCGCCCACUCCCCCUCGCCCAGCCCGAAACCCGCGCCGGCCGCCCGGGGAACCGCCCCUCCGGUCGCCCGGGGCCCCGCCCCUCCGGUCGCCCGCGGCGGGCGGUCGACCCUGGACCCUCGGCAGCUGACGGCCCUCCAGUCGAUCGGCCUCUCCACCACCCGGGACCCCUGCGCCCUCCCCUCCCCACACGACAACGCCACCGCCUGCGACAACGCCGCCCCGUUCCGCCACCUCGUCUCCCUCCGGCUCGCCAACUGCUCCCCCGACGUCGACCUCUCCUCCACCGCCCUCAGCGCCCUCUCCACCCUUCGCUCUCUCUCCCUCCUCCACUGCCCCAUCCCCGCCCCACGCCGUCUGCCCACCCCCUUCGCCUCCUCCCUCCGCUCCUUCUCCUGCGUCUCCUCCCUCCGCCGCCUCACCGGCGUGUGGCUCUCCCGCCUCGUCAACCUCACCGACCUCGCCGUCGUCGACGUCCCCAUCUCCACCUCCAGCCCCACCGUCGUCCUUUCCCAGAUGCACCACCUCCGCUCCCUCACCAUCUCCCGCGCCAACCUCUCCGGUGGCCUCCCCCACCACUGGCACAAUGUCGACCUCGUCCACCUCGAUCUCUCCUCCAACACCCUCAAAGGCCCCAUCCCCAGCUCCAUUUCCGUCCUCGGCUACCUCGAGACCCUCAAUCUCAGCUCCAACGGUCUCGCCGGAACCCUCCCCGACUCGAUCGGCGACCUCGUCUUCCUCAAAAACGCUUCUUUUUCGCAGAACUCGCUCUCCGGCCCGAUCCCGACCUCCAUUUCCCAGCUUUCGAAUCUCACCCAUCUCGAUCUGAGCUCGAACCAGUUCAAUGGCAGCAUCCCGAGGUUCCUGUCAGAGAUGAAGGAGCUAAAGUUCCUAAAUUUGGAGAACAACAACUUCCAGGGAGUGAUCCCCUUCAAUACCACCUCCAUUAAAAAGCUGGAGGUCCUCAAAGUGCGCGGCAACAGCGAUCUCUGCUACAAUCACACACUGCUUUCUUCUAAGAUGAAGCUCGGGAUCGCACCCUGCGACAAAUACGGGCUGCCGGUGUCGCCGCCACCCGACAAGUCCUCUAAGUCGGACUCCGACUACUCCGACGACGAUGGCGAAGAUGAUGACAAUGGGGAUGCAAAGAAGAGAAGCGGAGGUCACCAUGGGCCGAGCAAGCUUGUUCUUGGGGUGGCGAUCGGGCUGUCGUGCUUGGUCUUCUUGGUGAUCUUCCUGAUUUGCCUCUCGAGGGUGUGUGGAUGAAGAUUAGAGGAUUGAGAGGAGGAAGAAGAAUUCGUAAUGGCUCUAAAGUUUUCUUUUCUUUUUCCGGUGAAUUAGAGUUGGGUUAAUGGUUUUAGAGCUAUUCUUUGUUACUUCGUUUUCUUCUGCAAUGGGUUUUGUAGCAGUGGCGUGAGUCGAGAUGAGUAUAGCGUUCACACAGGUGAUGGAGAAGCAUCUGGUCUCUGUAAUCCUCAUCUUUCCCGCAAUUAAAUUCAUUAUUAUUAUGGAUGUUAAUUUAUGCAA